CCCCGGGGGGGGGGGGGGGGGGCCCCAAAGGCAAGAAGCAGGGCCCAGUUGACAAGAGGCGAGGCUCAGGAGGUAAAAGGCGUGGCCAAAAGGUCAGGAAGCAACUCCAAGAGGAGAAAAAAGAGGGAGUGACGGUGAAGAGGAUGUGGAGCGGCGGAAAGCGUCAGUACUGCGUGUUCUGUCGACGUCCCCAGGUGAAGAUCGCACGACACCUGUUGAGAAAGCAUAAAGAUGAACCAGAGGUAGUAGCUGCCAGCACGCUUCCAAAAGGAUCCAAACAACGCCAUCUGUUGUUGGAGCAUCUACGCUGCAGGGGCAACUACCUACACAACAUUGAGGUAAUCAGACAAGGCAGUGGUGAAAUCAUUCCAUGUCGUCAACCCUCCGAGGAAGUGGAUGCAAGGAACUACCUUCCGUGUCCACUCUGCCUCGGCUUUUUCCUGCGCUCUGAUCUCUGGAAACAUCAGGUGUGUUGUCGUAAAAAGCUGGUCACUGACUCCAUUCCCAUCGCUGAAAAACUGUUGGAGCCAGUAGCUGACAUCAUGGUUGACUCUGCAGCUGGAGCCUUAAUGGAUCAGGCAGAUGACGGAACAUCUGUGGAGGACACAUCAUGUGACACUCAAGCAGAUGCAGCUAUAGCAGACACAGCUACAGCAGACACUGCCUUGGCAAACCCUAAGGGGACAUUAGAGAUAGUAUUAAAACGGGCCAUGACAGCAGCUGUUGGCGGGGAUCAGAACGUGAUUUCUGAACACGGGACAGAACGGCCCAGGAAGCGUGUCAGGGUCCAAGCUGCUGCAUCUCGCCUUCUACCUAUUUCAGGUGGGGCAUCAGAGAGCUGCAGUGAAGUCCUGCACCGUAUGAACCAUGAUCACAUCUCAUAUGAGGUCAAAUCUGAUUGGCUUAUCUGCAAAUAUGGAAACAAAUUGAUGGGGAACCAAGAUGGCACUCAGAAGAGGUACGACUACGUCAGUCAGAAGCUGCGGGAGCUGGGGAGGUUCCUCCUCGCAGCCAAAUCUCUGGACCCUAGCAUUCACACUUUGUUGGAUGUUCUGGCACCCGGUCGCCUCAGCCUGGCGCUGUCUGCUGCCAGAAAGGCAGCUGGGUACCGCUGGUCUCGCCCUCCACUAGCGGUGAAGACAACUCUGAAAACCAUUUGUGAAAUAGCCAUUGGAGAGAGUCUGCAGGAAGGAGACUGGGAAGCAGCGGCCAAAACGACUGACUUCUACCACAUGCUGGGAAAAGAGUGGGACAACCUGGGGCUCUCAGACCCGGACCCAGACCCUGAUGCAGUCAUUCCUGAAGGCAGAGCCAAACCAAGAAAACGAGUUGUCCAGUCUUUAAUCAAAAAGUCCAAUCCGGAGUUGGACCAAGGUCCAACAGAUCUACCAAAGACCAACAACAAACCUGUGACCUCUCUGAUGGUGCCAGACCCCAGACUUCAGGUUCCACUUCCAGCUCCUCGGAAGGUCCAACGUCGCCCGUGGUCCACAGAAGAAAAAGAAGCGAUCUGGAGACAACUAGGAGUCCAUAUACGUGUCCAGACAGUACCAGGGAAAGAAGUCUGUCAACGCUGUCUGGACCUGGAACCAGUUCUAAGAGGCAGACAUUGGAAAGACAUAAAGAACCAGGUCCACAACCAAAUCCAGAGCCAGAAAAAACAGCAGUUUCAUGCUCAGGUAGACCUUCAAGAGAACCAGGGACAACAGAACCAGGCACAGCAGAAUCCAGCACAGCAGGCCCAGGAACAACAAGACCAAAACCAGAAGAAGUGGCAACAGCACCAGCACUACCAGGCUCCAAUAAGCCAACAGGAGAAGGACCAGAUUCUGAACCAAAAGAAACAGCAGUAUCAUGUUCAAAUGGACCAACACAACCAGGACCACAUGCAAAACCAGAAGAAACAGGAUUACCACGUUCAACUGGACCAUCAAGAGCAAGACCACACUCAGAACCAGAGGAAACAGCAGUACCACAUUCAGAUGGACCAACACGACCCUCUUCAAGUUCACAAAAAACAGCUGUGCCAUGGUAGACCCGACCACCAGGACCAUGUUGCUGUCGUCAAGAAGCAUCUGUACCAGAUGGGCCAGCAAACCCAGGGCUUGCAGUCUACCCUAGAACGAGACACGUCACUCCUGACGGGGGCUUUUGGACCUGAUGGUUCCCACCGGGUUCCAGGACUUUCACUUGUUGAAAGGGAACACAUUAUCAGUCCUUACCAACUCUCACAAAGGGCCCCAGGGCAUCAUAUGGACCAGCUGCUGCCCAGAACUGAAUGGACUGACGAGUCACUGGCCCAGAACUACCAGGUCAACAGGCCACUCCCCCGAAACCUACUCCAGGAAGGUCCUCCUGGAGGACCACCAACCCAUCCACAUCCUGGACAUGGUCACUUCUGAUAAAGGGCACAAGAACCGAUCCUUUUAUUGUCCAAAAGUUAGCGGUGUCAAACUGAGACCCUGGGCUGAGUAUGCAGUGGACUAAACAGUAGAAUUUAAUCAAACCAGUCAGUGUUAUAGUGGUCAUCAUGGUAAACUCUGUGCAAUCACUUCCUGUGUGUUUGUGUGUAUUACCACUAGAGGGCAGAGUCACAAUCCAAAGCUCAGUCUAUAAUAAUGUACGAUUUGUAUAAAAAGCUUUUCUUAA